AUGGCUCCUGGAUGCCUUCAAAGCGUGCGGCCGGGCCCGGCGCGCCGGGGGGAGGCUGGGGCGAUCCCCGGCGCCCGGGGGAGAAGCGCGGCCGGGCACGGACCCAGCGCUGCGUCCCGGGGAGGCCUCGCCCGGCUCCCGCCGCAGACGCGACCCGUGUGGGGCUGCCCUGAAGAUUAUUUAUGCAAACCUGAAGACAACAUUUACAAUAUCGACUUCACCAGGUUCAAGAUCCGGGACCUUGAGACUGGGACAGUGCUCUUUGAAAUUGCCAAGCCAUCUGCCACAGAGCAAGAUGAAGAGGAGGAUGAUGAUGGUGGAGAAUUGGACACCAGUGCCGGCCGCUUUGUUCGCUAUCAGUUCACCCCAGCAUUCCUCCGUCUACGGACUGUUGGUGCAACAGUGGAGUUCACAGUGGGAGACAAGCCAGUGUCAAACUUCCGAAUGAUCGAGAGGCAUUACUUCCGGGAUCGCUUGCUGAAGAACUUUGACUUUGACUUUGGCUUCUGCAUCCCCAGUAGCAGGAACACAUGUGAACACAUCUAUGAGUUCCCUCAGCUCUCAGAGGACCUCAUCCGCCUGAUGGUUGAAAACCCCUAUGAGACCCGCUCGGACAGCUUCUACUUUGUGGACAACAAGCUGAUCAUGCACAACAAGGCCGACUAUGCCUACAACGGGGGGCAGUAACCACUGCAUUCAUCCACACCGGAUGCUGUGCUACCGCUAACCAUUCCAGACAUGCAGGAGGGGCACAGGGCUGCUGUCUUGCAGCAAGGCCUUUUGCCGAACCUUUCCUCCUCCCAAAAGACUCAAACCAUGAAGCAAAGAAGGCUGAGGUGGCGCUCAUGGCAGUAAAGACAAUCUCUGCAAUACUCCCCUGCCCAAAUUCUUAUGUACCUCACCUCUGUCUGUCUUUGUUUCUGAUGGUACCGCAGUUAGUUAUGGAUCAGAGAUUAUACGGCUCUGUUUGAUGUUACGUUUUUUUAUAGUUAGGUCAUGCUCUUAGUGCUUCCGGUUUGUUCCAUUUAGUGAGCAGACUGCUCCUUCUAGAGAGUUGACAUCUGGGUAAGCUAUUUCUUGGGAUGCAAAUCUGCCCUAUUCAGGUAUCCAGUGAAGCCUGAAGGGCAGCUCUCUUCUAUGUUGGAUAGAUAAUCUCUUCACUGUGUAGCAGGUCAUUGUGGGUGUGCAUGACUGAGAUUGCCUUGGGGGGUGCACCCCUACAUUUCCCAAGAGGAUUUAAAAUAAGGGAUGACUUCAGCUUUAAAUAGUGCAGGAAUCUUCCUCCUGUAUUCAGGGUCCUGGUCUGCUUCUGGGAUUCCUUAGUUUGUUACAAGUACAUCUCUUACAAGAGACUUGAUUUGAGAUGUGAGAUCUGAGAAAAGGUGAGGUGAUACUAAAUAGGUCUCGGAAUCAGCCUGACAGCCUCCCUUUUCUUUGAGUUCUGAGCAGGGAACAGCCUUAGUGCUGAGUUAGGCCUUCUGCCUUCACCUUUUCCUCCUUCUUCCCUCUGCAUGUGACUUCCUCUCCUGCUACUUGUGGUGUGUACUCCCCCUUUAGAGGCUCAGGAAGGGGAAGGAUCUGGAUGGUCACCAGAGGAACAUUCUGCAUGGCAGGUAUUAUUAUCUUCCUAGUCUUCUGUCUUUAUAGAUAUAUAAACUUGAAAGACCUCACAGAGGUAUUAUAGUAAGAGACAAUGGUAUUACCAGCUCAGCUACUUCAUGGUGCUUAGGCUUGUGCUAGUAUUAAACUGGGCCUUCCUAGCUGCCAAAAUCAUCUCAUUCCGGCAGUGUUGUAAGGCAGUUGCUUGUUGUGACCCAGGAGUUAGAACUGACUGUUCUUAAAUCAUGUGGAUUUGGGCCUUGGGCAACCGUUUGCCUGUUUUGCUGGCUCAUUCAUAUUUGUGGUUUGGGAAAGGUCUAGUGACUUCUUCCUUUCCCAAGAUAGUUACUGUGGCUGCUGUAGCAAUCGAGCCAAAGGAUAUGUCUCUGACCUGUGUUGCACCUGGUCUGAAAAGUAAUCUGUCAAGCAGUAAGAGAAAGGAGUCAUGUGUGCUCUGGGCAGUGAGGCCAGGGGUCUAUCCGUAUGCCAUGCCAAGUUACCAUAACAAAUGAUUUUCUGUGGCUGACAGUACUCUAAUUUUGAGACUGGCAUUUUCUGUCCCCAGUCCUUUUGCUGGUCAGCCAGGCCUCUGGGUGUCUAAUACUUAGACCUUGUCAAGACCAAGUUGUUUAUUGGUACCAAUACUGUUUGCUUCCCAUCAGACAAUGUCUCCUGUCUACUAUAACAGGAGUAGGUUACUGGUUGUUGUGCUAAGCAACAGUCAAAGUAGACAGAAUAGCGAUUAAAGCACAAGUGUGGGCAUUACUGCCAAGGGCCUGUUAGCAUCCUGCUGUGUGUAAAAGUUAUUUGAUCUUUGACUGCAAAGAUGAAUUGAGUUAGCUUUGGUACAUAGGACCAGCUGGCAGCAGGGUUACCCAGUGAGAAGGGACCAUGGAAGAAUCUCCUGAUAUAGGGGAGGAUGCUAAUUCUGGUCACCACAGAUGUCUUGGCAGGGUGGGGAAGGGAGCAGAGCAGUAAUCAGGAACAGGUGCACACGUCUUGGGAACAUGGUGGGGAUAAAGGCAAGCAGGGCUAUUUAUGGUAUGGGUGUUUGAAAGCUGGGAGGAGCAGGACAGCUCUGCUGUUAUUUACCCUCUCCAGCAUUCCCAGAAAUGCUUAUGGAAUUCCAUUGAUUGUCACUUCAGAAUUGGUGGAGCUUUUGGGCAAGGCACAGCAAAGCUGUCAUCUUCCUAGGACUGUCCACAGUAGGCAUUGUACUAUACUGUGGCACGAAUGAAAGAUCCUUUUUUUGCCACAAGUUCACUAUGAUACUUGUGAGAGGAAAGAAUCCCCUCCCCAGAAACGUGCAUAAAGAGCGAUCCCAGGAGACCAUUAAUGACUCCCCAGGAUCUGACCUUGUGUGUGGUAUAAAUCCAGGUGCCUUCAAGUGUCAUAUGUUUGUCUAAUUUUCUGUCUGAAGCAACUUCCUUUUCCUUGUUUUUAUGAACAGGAUGAUCUCUAUCUGGUCACAGGGUGACUGAGAAUGAAGCACUCAGAAGGGGGAUAUCAAAUAAACUGGGCCAUCAAUAGGGAGUGUUCUACCUCCAGCUCUCAGCAUGUGUAAGUGGGUUGUACAGCCUGUCCUUUAAACAGUACGGGGUACCCUCUGCACAGGUGAAAUUUUGGGAUGUGUUUCAGUGCCAUCUAGUGGUUGCUCUGCAGAGUGUACCUGCUCAGCCUGAGGGCAGGCUGAAACCUAGGAGUGGGCGUUAGAUCUUGUGGGGAAGGGUUCAUUCCAGUUUCUAAUGGCUGUCUUACAGGAGUGUGGGAAGGAGAAAGGACCGGUGUGCUUAAGGUGCCCUGCCUGUCAGGGUGCCCUCGGCUCUAAGAAAAGAUUACCGGAAACUGUAACUUGUAUUCACCAGCUGGCAGAGAGCACUCCCAGCUCAACUACUGUUUGGUUCUGCCAACUGUAAAAAGCUGCCCCAGUAAAGUGCCCUGAGGGGAAAGUCCCUAUAAGAAGGCAGCCCUGCACUGGGGGGUGCUAACUGUGAUUUGGAGGUCAGGGAUUACCUUCCUUCCUUCCUUCCCAAGUGCUUCUCCAGUGUUCCUUCUUUCAUCGGCUGCAUCCCUGCAACAGGGAUCUGGGUCUUGGUAACAUGAUUACAAGAGUGUCUUCUCACCAUCAGCUUGUCUUCUGUUUGGAGAAUGAUGUUCAGUAGGAACCUCAAGCCCUCCUCAUUCUCCCUGCAUCCCCAAGUCAACAGCCUGUUUCCAGAGUAGUACUUUAGCCAGGUACUAGAGGGAUGAAGGAAACUAAGUGUUGCCCCAGGAGCUAGCGGGCAGGAUCAUUGUGAAAAUAUCCUUUUCUAUUUAUGCUGGGCUGGAAAGAGGAUAGGGAGUUUGUGUAUGCUGUGUGGAGAAGUAAAAGGACCAAAAAUGCAAACUGACACUAAAUCCUUAAAGUAUUUGUCUGACCUCUCUGAAGCACUCUGUGCUCCAGGCUCUCAUGCUGUGCAAGGGGAGAACACCACCCUCCUGGACAGCUGUUGUAAGGGUCAUUGAAGAUUUUGUACUGCAGCUGGUGCAGCAGGGCCCACCUAGUGUUAUGUGGACCAGGUGUCGCUGUUCCUGCUUUCCCUUGGGUAUGAAUCAUUUUCCUAUGUGCAUUUCGUUAUGGCUUUUGGUGCAUCUUUUUUUGCAGAAGAGAAACAGCAGUUGUCUGUCCAUUUUAGCCCUCUAGGCCAAGGCAUCCAUUCUGCUUCUCUAAUCAAGGUAUAAGAAUAAUGGACAAAACAUUCUGAAAGCCAGAAAUGAACUAGGAAGAUGGUGAGCAGUGAGAUGGGCAAGGUGUGUUAACUCCACCCUGAGGCUCUGUGCUUCAUGACAUCCUUCGCUCCAGAUAUUUCCCCUGUGUUUGUCUCCUGCUCCGCUCUCUUGUCAUGUCGAGCUGUUGGGCUACAUGCUGCAUGUGGCUCAAUAUCCUACAUUCUUGGAAUUAUAAAACACUGUCAUCUCCCUGCAGCUUAAUGGGGAGUACAUAGCUUAUAGGGACAGUGGGUAAAGUGGAACAGUGAGUUAAGUUUGAGGAAGCUAAAAGCACCAGCAAAUACCAUAGCUACCCACAUUGACUUAAGUACUCCUAGAAAAGAAGGAUGUUGUGUGUAAGCACGUUAGGUGUGCCCUGUGGGUUGCUGGCAAGCUGCUGCACAGUCUGCCCUAGAGCUGGGGCAUUGCUUUGACAAGUGCUGAGGAGGAUGAUACUGUAUUUUGUGACGUUUUCUCUGAGGGUGGGCAACCAGUCGCAGUGCUGACCAGCAUUCCCACUUGCUUCAUUGCCUGCAUCAGAUCUGGGGACAAGUCCCGCAGCACCUGCUUGAGUUUGGAUGUGUUGUGUGCGCUGGCGCCCUGUGCCCUGGGGGCCUCCCCGUGUAGACCUGGCCUGUUUCCUUGGCCCUGAGAUGGAUCCUGGGGCACGGACAGCAGGGUGCCUUUCGUUUACAAAGGACAAGGAGCUCAGCCAAGAUGUAACUAACACAAGUCUAUUUUUCUUUGUAAAGAUAUUUUUCUCAGAGAAUGUGCGAAGCAUCAGGGCUGCUGCUUGAUUUCUUGCCCUCCAGCCUGGCCUGCCCUCCAGGACCUCAGCCCACUGCCUCUUCCCUCGGCCAGUGACCCAGGCCCCUUGUUUGUAUGAAAUGUUAUUUUGUCACAAGCAAUAGUAAUAAAACGGAGAUUUUUC